GGAGCCUGUGGGGGGCAGCACCGCACACCAGAAAAUAGGAGCGAAGAAGAAGAAGAAGAAACCCGGAAGUAAAGAAAACCUCCGUGACUGAUAAAUCAAUCCGAGGAAUACCGAUAGAUAACAAACAUCCUGCUGCUUUGAGGGUUCCAAACCCAUAAGAAUCCCCCGUGUUUUAUGAAAGCAGAGGGCGAUGGAGCCUGUGGACGUGGAGGACGAGAGCAUCCUGGCCUCGAUCUUCAAAGACAGCUUCCCGGACAACUGGCGGGACAACCCGGACUUCGCCGCCUACCUGUCCGAGCUCAGCUCCUUCGGGGUGGAGAAGCUGAACCGUGAGCCCGACCGGCUGUCGGAGGAGAGAGCCCAGAUCCUCCAGCAGACGCGGGAGCUGGCCUUCUCCAACUACAAGACCUUCAUCCGCACGGCCGACUGCACCGAGGAGAUCUACAGGGAUUUCGGAAGAAUAGAGAGCAGCGUCUCCAAACUCCUGGACAAGCUGCCGAGUUUUGGGGAGAAAUGCAGGGGGUUCAUGAAGGAGGCGGAGCAGAUCGGGGCCAGCCGGCGAAUGAACAGCCUGACGCUGAAUCGUCACACUGAGAUCCUGGAGAUCCUGGAGAUCCCCCAGCUGAUGGACACCUGCGUCAGGAACGGUUACUACGAGGAGGCCCUGGAGCUGGCUGCGUACGUCAAGAGGCUGGAGAAGAAGCACUCCUCCCUGCCAGUCAUCCAGGGCAUCGUCCACGAGGUCCGCCAGUCGUCCCAGCUCAUGCUGAACCAGCUCCUGCAGCAGCUGCGCAGCAACUCCCAGCUGCCCGUCUGCCUCCGGGUCAUCGGCUACCUCCGCAGGAUGGACGUGUUCACGGAGGCGGAGCUCCGCGUCAAGUUCCUCCAGGCGCGCGGCACCUGGCUGCACUCCAUCACCGGCGCCGUCCCCGCCGACGACCCCUACUUCCACAUCACCAAGACCAUCGAGGCCUGCCGCGUGCACCUCUUCGACAUCAUCACCCAGUACCGGGCCAUCUUCAGCGACGAGGACCCCCUGCUGGCCCCCGGGGGCCAGGCGGUCAACGAGGGCGCCAUCUUCCACGGCUGGGUGGUGCAGAAGGUGGCCGAGUUCCUGGAGACCCUGGACCGGGACCUCCAGCGCGGCGUGGGCAGCCGGCUGGAGUCCCUGCUGGGACAGUGCAUGUACUUCGGCCUCUCCUUCAGCAGGGUGGGCGCCGACUUCCGCGGGCAGCUGGCGCCCUUGUUCCAGAGGGUGGCCGGGGAGACCUUCCACCAGGCCAUGCAGGAGGCGGCGGACAAGUUCCAGGAGGACAUGAACCACUACACCCUGAUAUCGCUGCCCUCCAUGCUGGGGGGCGCCAUCCCGGCCGUGGCCCCCAGCACCCAGCCCGGCACCCUGCAGCCCCCCAUGUCCCUGCUGGACUUCCAGCCCCUGGCGUGCUUCCUGAACCACAUCCUGACGGCCUUCAACGACCUGCGGCUGUGCUGCCCCAUCGGGCUGGCCCAGGACGUCGGGCUGUACCUGGAGGACGCCCUGAUGAAGGUGACCAAGCUGAUCCUGGUGUUCCACCGGGCUGAGGAGACGGCCUUCAGCGUCCGGGAGAAGGAGCUGUUCGUUCAGUUCUGCUGUGCGUAUGCUGAAGACCUGGUGCCCUUUCUCAACCGCUGCCUGCAGGUCCUCUUCCCCCCCGCCCAGCUGGCCCUGAUACUGGGUGUACCCCCGACCCAGGUCCACAAGUACGGCAGCCUGGGCUGUAUGGACGAGGACACCAUCCUUGCCCCGCUGGACUUCCUCCUCCCCAAGAGAGAGAUCGUGGUGCCGGCGGAGGACUUGAGCGCCGAUCUCAGUAGCCCCACCUCCUCGGAGGCCGUCACCAUCCAGGGACCCACGGAGGAACCUAGAGAGGAGCCUCGGCCGGAGGUGGACCUGACGACGGACCAGGGGCCCACAGAGGAACCUCACCCAGACGCAGACCCGAAGACGGACCCGGGUUCCUCAGAGGAGCUGAAACGUUCGGAACCAGCGACCGAGGACUCGGAUAAAGAUUUCUACGACCCAGAGCUUGAGGCUAUACUGAACGACCCGGGGCCAGGGGUGCUUGAUGACGACGACGACGACGACGACGACGACACAGUGACGAACGAUGAGGAGAUCUCCUUUGAGUGAUGGUCAUCCCCGGCCCUCCAUACUGACUCUGCUCCUUGGAAUUUAAAAACAUUGCUUGCAAAAUAUAUGGGAUAUUAGACAUGUUUUUUUUUUAAAUAUGGGAAAUAAAAUAAAACUAAUAUUUAUUGUGGUUUUGGGGCUCAUUUGAAAUCCUCUGUAUACAAGUUUACUGAGAUCAUUGUAAAUAAAAUAUUCCAUGAUUUUAUUUGUUAA